GUUUUGCAGAGAAAUUUAUCUAAUCAUCAAUUUAGUCCUCUUCCCCCCUCUGCCCCCCCCAUUUUUCUAUUAUAUAGUAAAGCCAAGCUCAACAUCCCAAAAUGCAGGGAGGGUCUGAGAUUUUUGUCUGUUCUGAUUUUAAGUAGGCAAAAACCACACCCCACACUCUUCAAGUUCAAUGACAAAAAACAAACAAACAAAUAAAAAACAGGGAGGGAAAAAUUGGGAUAAAACUGGGUACAGCAGACUAUCAUUUAAGUUUGUGAAUGAUUUCCUCUUGAGUGUGGUAAGGCUAAAUGCAAAUGAACAAGAAGGCAAUUGUCAGCUGCAUUAUCAUUUGACCAAUAGGAGCCCAGCUCCAUCUUGACUGUGCACCAGACUGCAUUACCAACAGACCAGACCAACGCUCCAUCAGCAUCCGCCGAGAACAGCCUCUUUUGGACCAAUCACAAGCAAUGAAUUCACUAAGCAUGGCAACUGUAAACAUCACUCUCUGGAAUGAGACCACUAGUACCACUAGUCCAUCUACUACCACAUCAGCCUACCAGUACAUUGGCUUCCAAGUCCAAAAGGUUUACCCUUUUCAUGAUAACUGGAACACAGCCUGUUUUAUCAUCAUGCUAUUAUUUAUAUUUACGGUUGUCUCUCUGAUGCUCCUGGCCUUCAUUUAUGAGGUGCUUGAUUGCUGCUGCUGUGCCAAAGACAAAACUCUGAGCGACUUGGAAAGUGAGCCAAGCCCUCUGCGAACCAUGAUGGACAACAUCAGAAGGCGGGACACUGAAGUGGUGUAGUACCCAGAGAGGAAUGCCAGAAAGAUCCAAGACAAAACACUGGCACAAA